AGGUUUCUAUCAGUCGACGUGAAAAUGUCGUCCGGGAGGGCCGGCUGAUAGCAAAUAGUGUGACGCACAAACACCCGUGACGAUAUUAUUUGUUGCCCAGAGAUCUAAUUCAGAUCAUUUGGAUAGGUUUUUCUUUCGUUAAUAGUGUGGUUUAAAAUAAUUUGCCGUCGAAAUAUGUUUCGCUCAUCCCCAGCUGUUGUUGGAGAUGACGAAGAACUCGAUCCACGAAUUCAGGUGGAAUUAGAGAAACUCAAUUCAACAACAGAUGAAAUCAACCGUUGGGAAGCAGAACUUGAUGAAGCAAAUGCUGGAUUCCGUACCUUACUGAGUAGAUCUACCCAACAACUCAAGGCAUUGGCCAAAAAACUGGGUAGCUGUAUUGAAAAAUCUCGACCAUAUUAUGAUGCCUUUGAAGAGUACAAGACAGCUCAAGAACGUUGCCAAGAAGCAGCUGUGCAGUUUCAGAGAGCAUUUGGUAUUCACAAAGCUGCUAAAGAAACAAUAGCUCUUGCAGAGCAGAGGUUUUUGAGCCAUCAACAUGAAUGGAAGUUUGACAAUGCAUGGCAAGAAAUGCUGAACCAAGCAACUAUGCGGGUAAUGGAGGCAGAAACCCAAAGGCAGCUAAGUGAGAAGGAACAUCAGAGGAGUGCCGCAGUAUUUGAGGCAGCUAAGCAAAAGUAUCAAUAUCUUGAGAAAGAUUUGAAAAGCGCAAUUCAGAAAUCGCGACCCUAUUUUGAACAAAAAGAAGACUUUCAAAACAAACUGAUGGCACAAAAAUUAAAAGUUGAACUCAUACAGCAAAGUGUUACACAAGCCAAGCAAAUCUAUUCAGAUACCCUGAAAAACUUGGAAUGCAUUUCGGAAGAGAUCCACGAACGCCGGUUACUUUCACGACCGAGAGAGCCGGGUGUCGGUGCAGAGAAGAAUUGCUCACCUCCACCGUCCCUCAAUUUUGAUUUAGACCAAUGCGAUAUUGUCAGCCUAGUUUCUAAUUGUACGUUGAAUCGGGCGAGUGAUGACGAAGAAUUCUCUUGUUCUUCCACACCCAAUGGAGCCUCCUCUAAUUGAAGACCAAAUGUCUGUUCUUUAUGACGACCCAAUUAUUAGCUUUGGUACCUUUGUUUAUGUUACGUACCUGCAUGAGGCAUGUUUUGCCACCCACAAAAAAAAAAGCUAGCUUUCAGGGUGACGAUAGAACAAGUGCCAGCCAUGUCCGCAUAAUUAAUUCUACACUAUUCCAUUUCCUAGUUCCCCCCCUCAAAGUUCACCUCCCCUCAAGUUGCCAUCAAUCACUGCAAUAAUAAUUCAACAAAAUUGUUUUCCAUUCCUUCCAGCGGCAGUAAAUCCAAUUUAUUAUAAUAUCAUGGGUUCUGAGUAAUAAACAUGUAAAUAAAGUAA